CUCUACAACCACGUCUGCGAAGACCACAUCGGCAGAAAGAGUACAGGCAACCUCACCCUCACUUGCGCAUGGGGAACUUGCACCAUCACGACAGCCAAGCGCGACCACAUCACCUCCCACAUCCGCGUGCAUGUCCCACUGAAGCCGCAUAACUGCCACCACUGCAGGCGCUCCUUCAAGCGGCCGCAAGACCUCAAGAAGCACAUCAAGACGCAC